AUGAAUACAUACUCACGGUACAAGGUUCCCCAGUACUCGGAGUCUGAUCACGUAUCGGCCAUCUACAGGCACCCGAGCAACCCGCGGAGUGCGACUCUGCCAUCAAGCCGACAUCUCCAGCCUACAAAUUCGAAACUCGCAGCGAUCUACUCCUUGUCUCCUACCCCAAACUUCGCUUUCGAGGAUGCCGAUAUGCGUUUGAGACGUUCGAAGAGUACGAGCAAUCAGUCGACCUCGGUACCCUUCUUGAGCAGCGAGCUUCUAUGA